AUGUCGAGGCGCAAGCAAGCCAAGCCCCAGCACAUCCAUUCGGACGAGCGGCAGUUCCCGGAUGUAGCAAAUGGAAGUCCACAGGAUACCCCAGGUGACAGAGGUGAAAUGAAUGCCAAAAGAUGUCGGACCGAAGAAACCCAUGUCUGUGAGAAAUGCUGUGCCGAGUUCUUUGACCUCACUGAACUCCUCGAGCAUAAGAAAAAUUGCACUAAAACACCACCUGUCCUCAUCAUGAAUGACAGUGAAGGGGCAGUGCCCUUAGAAGCCUUCCCCAACUGCUCUGGGGAGACUUUUCCAACCGGCCAAAUGGAUGGUAGGCUGGCUGAGGAGAGUCACCUAAAGAGCUGCCCACCUUCGGCAGAAAAGAGAGAAGAGAAAUCUGUAUCUGAACCUUCAGGAGUGACGUAUCUAAAAACAGAACCCUCCGUUGCCUCCGCAACUCAAGGGCUAAGCUUCCUCCCCAAACCCAAAGUACCAAACACUAAUGUGACUUUGCAAACUAUACAUGGCACUAAAGUGGCUGUCAACCAGUGUACCUCAGAGUCUCUCCCUCCUUCCGUGGCUGGUCUCAGUGCCAUCCCGAUGAUUCUGGAGCAGUUGAUGUGCCUACAGCAGCAGCAACUCCAGCAGCUUCAGCUGACGGAGCAGAUCCGCAUCCAAAUUGCCAUGAUGGCCCCCCAUGUCCUACAUCCCUCCGUGGCUGCUGCAGAACCCCUCAAAGCUUUGGGGGCUCAUAUGUCCCAGCAGCUGUCGGCUGCUGUUGCUUUAAUUGGACAGAAAGCUGGGAAUCCGAGCCUAUCCCUGGAAUCCUUGAAGCAAGGCAAACUACCUCAUUCAAAUAUCGCUAUUCCGACAGCCGUCUCGGUGGCCGGGGGGAUUGCCCCUGCCCUGGCCUUGAAGCCUGAUGCGGGUCGGAGCUUGCCGGGUUCCAUGUCUCGCUUCCUGAGCCCUUUGCUACCUCAAUCCUCCAGCUCGGCCAUCUUCCAGAAUCCCCUUUCCGCUGUCUCCCCAGCCGGCGACCCCUCAAAGAAGGGAAAAGGGAAAGUAGCAAAUGUGAGCGUCUCUGAAAGUAAACUGAGCCAAGAGGAGUCCUUCUUCAAACACAAGUGCAAGUUUUGCGGCAAAGUCUUUGGCAACGACAGCGCCCUGCAGAUCCACCUGCGUUCCCACACCGGGGAGAGGCCCUACAAGUGCAACAUCUGUGGCAAUCGCUUCACCACCAAGGGCAACCUGAAAGUGCAUUUCCAGCGGCAUAAAGACAAAUACCCUCACAUCAAAAUGAAUCCUUACCCUGUGCCUGAACACCUAGAUAACGUGCCCACCAGCACCGGCAUACCUUACGGCAUGUCUCUCCCAUUAGACGAAUCGAAUCUCAUUGUGGAUUCCAAACCUAUUUUGACUCCCCUGCCGGGUUCCGUGGGCUCGGCCUUGCCGCCACCAAACAAUUCCACCCCCACAAGUAGCAAGGAUCCUUUCAGCAAUACACUUCUAACCGAUGCCCAGCCUAGGCCUUCUCCAGAAAGCGAAGGAGAUUCUUCACCGGGUCUGGCCAGUCAGGAAUCGGGAGCUGAGCAGAACCAGAGCUCUCCACAGGCUGGCUGCAGUGGGAGCGCUUUCCAUGGAUGCCGGGUUGGUGAGCAAGGCUCUGAAACCACAAAGCUCCAGCAGCUGGUGGAGAACAUUGACAAAGCCACCACUGACCCCAAUGAGUGCUUGAUCUGCCAUAGAGUCCUCAGUUGCCAGAGCUCCCUCAAAAUGCAUUACCGCACUCACACGGGGGAGAGGCCCUUCAAGUGCAAGAUUUGUGGCCGUGCUUUUUCCACCAAAGGCAACCUCAAAACACACUACGGCGUGCACCGGGCGAAUACUCCCUUGAAGAUGCAGCACUCCUGUCCCAUCUGCCAAAAGAAAUUUACAAACGCAGUGGUGCUACAGCAGCACAUUCGCAUGCAUAUGGGAGGGCAAAUUCCCAAUACCCCAGUGGCAGAAAACACCCAUGAUAAUAAUGACAUGGAGGCUACUUCAGCUGAGAACAACGGAGAUCCCUGCUGCUUAGAGAUCAAUGAAAGCAUGGAAAUGGAUGAAGACUUGGAAUCACCCAACGGCCCAAACCAUUCCUCUAAAUCUUGCAACGCUCAAGCUGAUCCCUCAACAUCUGUUUCUGCCAGUAUUUCAGCGCUAGAAAACCAUAUGAAGAUGGUGAAUUCGGCUUUGACUUUGCAGCGACAGAGCAGUUUGAAGUCGAGUGAUAAUGGAUCUGCGGAGAGCGACGGCAUGACCAAUGAUUCUUCCUCAGUGGCAGGUGAUCUGGACUAUCAAAACGGUAGCCGUAGCCCCAUCACCUCUGAAUCGGCUUCCUUCCUGGCCAUGUCUCCAACCAACAGUCAAGCAGAGAGCACCAGAUCAAAGUCACCGUGUUUUAGUAUCCAAGAAGACGGAACAGUGGGAAGUAAGGCUGAAGGCCCUGAAGUCACACCUACAGAAAGAGAACGGGCUUUGGAUCUAACAUACGGCAACAUUGGUCGAAAAGUCAUCAAAGAGGAACCUGGGUUAUACUUCCAAAAUGGAGAAUAUGGCCGGAGCAGCAUUCACCCAUCAUUUAUCAGAGCACCACCGGCUCUCAUAAAAAUGGAGAUGUCUAGCGAUCGCCCCAUUAGCACCAGCCAUUUUAUUGCCCCUCCUGCAUUAACACCCAGUGUGCCUCCUCUACUGGUGCCACCCCACCGCCGUACAGCUAAGCAGCAUAUCUGCACUACGUGUGGUAAGAACUUCUCUUCGGCAAGUGCUCUUCAGAUCCACGAGCGGACGCACACAGGAGAAAAGCCGUUUGCGUGCACCAUCUGUGGAAGAGCUUUUACCACAAAGGGGAAUCUCAAGGUCCAUGUUGGAACUCACAUGUGGAACAAUUCUGCCAGGCGUGGAAGAAGGCUGUCGAUUGAUAACCCGAUGGCUUUGCUUGGCAACGAUUCGAAGAAGGUAUCAGAAAUGUUCCCUAAAGAUGCAGCGAGCCCUUCGCUGAGCCUUGAUACAUCGGCAUGGAACCAGUAUGCUGCAGUGCUCAGUAAUGGCUUGGCCAUGAAAACCAAUGAGAUCUCUGUGAUCCAAAGUGGAGGCAUCCGUUCUCUUCCAAACACCAUUGGGGGAAGUCCAGCCAUCAAUGUAGCAAUGAAUUCUGCCCCCAUUUCCAAGAUGGAUGGUUCCCAGGCUGUGAUUGGCUCAGAGAUGGAGAAGCCGAGCAGCACGGCUGAAGACAAUGUGCCAAAACACCAAUUUCCUCACUUCAUAGAAGAGAACAACAUUGCUGUUAAUUGA